UUAAAAAGUAUAUAUUAGUGUUGGAAGGAAGUACACGUAAAAAAUCUAGGUUAAUUUUUGUAUAAAUAGCUACAUCAAUCUGCAUCGAACAAAUCACUGAAAUUAGAAAAAAUGUCCGGAAUAAUGCACAAGAUAGAGGAGAAACUCCACAUGGGAGAACACAAGGAUGAUGAAGAUAAGAGGAAGGAAAAGGGUGAGAAGAAGGAGAAAGGUGAGGGGCACAGGGACAAGAACAAAGAGAAGCAUCAUGGGGAAGAUCACAAGGAUGGAGAGGAGAAGAAAAAGAAGAAGAAGAAGGAUAAGAAGCAUGGCAGUGGUAGCAGCAGCAGUAGCAGUGGAAGCGACAGUGAUUAGAUCUCAUCUCUAUAUCACUUCUUAAUUUGCUCCUACCUAUAUUUCAGUUUCUCAUUCUGGACUUCAUUCCUCUAAUAAUCCUUCCUAUAUGAUCAUAAUAUGAAAAAUCGAUCUAAUGUUUUAGAUUUCAAUAUUUAAAUAGGCGUGAUUCAUUUCAUUUCAAUACAAAAUGAAAGGUUUUUAUUUAUCUA